AUGCAAUUAGCGGCUGCGAUUGCCCGUGGAGUAGCUUGCGCUCAAUCCAAACCGCGUACUUUAAACCUUUCGGCUGAGCUUUGGUUAUGGGGGACCUUGAUCUGUGACUCCAUCAUCGUUGCGACCAUGAUAUUUCUGCUCGUACAGGCGAAACUAGAAUCCUCAUUUAAGUCAACGAAGCGUCUUAUGGAUCGUCUCAUCAUCGUAACUUUGGAGACUGGCGCCGUCACCCUGAUAACGACUCUUGUUCAACUAAUUUUCUAUUUAAGGUCUCCGCCAAGUUCACUCCAACAACUUGGCAUAAUGUACAUACUGGGGGGGUUGUAUUCCAAUGUGCUCCUUAGCGUUCUAAAUGGCCGGAAACGUGCCCGGCGUCGACUAGCUGAACCAAGUCAAACGUUCAGCCUCAAUUUCGCUCAGCAAAGGACUACGGCGCCCCUGUCAUCCGUAUCCGAGGAAGCCUCAAGCAGCGAAGGAGCUAGUACAACACAAAAAGACGAGGAAAGCCAUAUCAAAUGA